AUGAGUAAAAAAGAGAGUAAUAAUAAUGAUGUAAUUGAUUAUGACGAUAAUAAACUUAAAAUAUCAUCAAUAGCUAGAGGAACUAAAAGAAAGCCAUCAAAUGUUUAAUUACUUAAAUAAAUAGAAGCCAAAUCAUGUACUUUAAAUCCCAAACCAAGACAAUUGAGGCCAUCUUUUAAUGUAAUGAAGAAAAAGAAAUCUAGUAAAAAAUCUUUAAUAGAUAAAUUUGUUGAUAUUCAACAAUAAAAUCAAUAAUUGAAAAAGAUCUUGAAAAAAGUAAUUAUUCUGAUAAAUUAAAUUGAUUAAGGGAAAAAAGAGAUUUUGACAGAUAUUAAUCUUUAAAAUGCUCUUUAUUAUCUAUUAAAAUAAAGAUGCUCAUUUCUUUGCAAGAUGAGUAUUUUAACAAUAAAACCAAGAUCUAACAGAUGGAUACUUGUAAGUAGUUUUAAUAUUAUUAGAUUUAAAAUAAAUUUCUAGAGUUCUUGAGAAAGAAGAAUUUUCUUAUUAACAAAGGAAAGUUUAACCGAAUUUAAUGGAGUUAAGAAGAAAAUUAAUGUACACUUAAAUGUAUUUAGAAAAAUAUAAAUAUGUUCAAUAACAUUUAGUAAAUUUACUAGCAUAAAGACGAUUUAGAGAUGAAAAAAAUCGAUCUUAAUAGUACAAGAAAUAAAUAUAGGGGUAAAAACUUUUAGAGCACCAAAAGUGAAUUAAAUUCUUCUGAAAUGAUAAAUCUAUAAUUGUAAUAUAAACAAUUAUCAAUAAUUUUUGAAUUGCAUAUUCAAGUCUGA